ACUGCUUAUAGAAAACCGUCAACUUGUAGUUUAGCAUGUCCAUGGAAGUUGAUGUACCGUCUUUAAAGUUUGAUGAACCACUUAUUAGUGCAAGAACUAUUAAAGUGGAUGUGUUAACUAGCCGACUUUUGAAACUACAUAAAGAACUUCAAGGUUUUGAACAACAACAAGUAGAUCUAUCUUCAUUAAACUCUGUUGCCAAAGAUCUCAUUCAGAAAAAGAUUUUACAGCAUAAUAGUACUACCGUGUCUGCCAUAGCUGCUUGUUGUAUUGCCGAUAUCUUGCGUCUAUUUGCUCCCGAUGCUCCUUACAACAACAAAGAACUUACAACAAUUUUCAAGGCAUUCCUAUCUCAACUAGGUGAUCUCGAUAAAAACAACGAAAACAAUUUUAGAUACCAAUUCUAUUUGUUGGAAAGCUUAUCAACGGUGAAAAGUAUUCUUGUUAUGGCCGAUUUGGAUGAAACAGAACUGAUGACAGUCGACCUCUUUAUGAAAUUCUUCAACUCAGUGGAGAAACGACUACCUCAAAACGUACAAGUAUAUAUGACAGAUAUUUUGAGUCAACUGAUCACUGAAGACUUCACUCUUUCGUCAGAAGUGGUUGAACUGAUUUUGGAACAACUGGCUUCUGGUGACAAUACGAAUGCCAAACAUAUUAUGGCUGUGGAUUUAUGUCGUACCUCUUCAGAUGCUUUACAAAGACGUGUGUGUCAAUACUUUACGGAUACAUUGAUAGAAGUUGGGCAUAGUGGGGACGACAGCAUGGAAGGAUUGGAACGUGUACAUGAUUGGAUUCAAAAAAUAUAUUUUGUGGCGCCUUCUUUACUUUUGAAUGUGAUUCCUCAACUGGAAGAAGAAAUGAUACUAGAUGAACUCAAUGUACGAGAACUAGCAACAAAAACCAUUGGUAAUAUGUUUAGCAACAAAUCAUCAAUCAUGUUUCAUCAGUAUCCUAGUGUUUGGAAAGCUUGGUUAGGUCGAUCUCGGGACAAAUCUGUAUCUAUUCGAUGUCAAUGGGUGGAGACAGCCUGUUUAAUUUUUCAACAUCAUCCUGACCUUGUUGCCAAAGAAAUGAAUGAAUGCUUGAUGAAUUUACUUCAAGAUAUGGAAGAAAAAGUACGCUUGGCUGCCUGCAAAUCAAUGGGGAAAAUGGAAAUCGACAUUAUUAUAAACUAUGUGACAGAUUCAUUAUUGGAAACGUUGGCCAUGCGUAGCAAAGACAAAAAGAAUAUUAUUCAAAAAGCAGCAAUGAAUGCUAUAGGAAAAAUCUACAAUGAGAUAUAUCCUCAAAUGAAUGAACAACAUAUCUCCAAAAAGUUCGCAUGGAUUCCAGGCGCAUUAUUCAACUGUAUCUUUGUAGACAAUCUUCGAAUUAUUGUGGCUUUGGAUGAUACGGUUCAACGAUACAUCUUCCCUGAAAAUCUGGAUGAUACUGCAAGGACGGAACGAUUGAUCACUGUUUACAUGUCUUUUGAUGAAAAAUCAAAGAGUGCCUUCCAUGCAUUCAUCAAUUAUGGGAAAAGAAACAUUGAAAUGAUGAAGAAAUUUGUCGAAUAUUGCGAAAACGAUGGAAUGGAAUCUAUGAUAAGUGAAUAUGAACAAGGAAAGAUGGACCAUUUGAUGAAGCUGAUUGCAGAUCAAUUUGAAGAUCAUGCACGUGUGACUAGUUGCUUACGACAGCUUCAUGAAAUUGAUGAUAAUAACAUCAUACGUGCCUUACGGACAUCUAUCGACGUAGGAAAAGAAUACAAGGAUAUAUUGAAAGCUCAAAAUUCCUUAUUGGAAAAACUAGAACAACAGGCUCAUGGAGCUCUAGAGCCUUGCAAGUGGAUAUUGAAUCGUACACAUCUUUUGGCUUUGAACAAAUCAAAUGUACCCUUUUUAUAUAGUGCUUUACGGUCUACACGUGGAAAGCGGCAAUCUGUUAUUCAAGAUCGAAGCAAUGCUGCCCAAGAUCUAGUCAAGAAAAUCGGUGAGGUGUUCCCAAGGAUGUGUUUACCUUAUGUUGAUGAUCUAGUUCGACAUAUUAUGAAUGACAAUGGUGGCCCAAUAGCGGAUGAAAGUUUAGAAGUCAUGGCCUCCAUUGCUAAAGAAAUUCCCUCGGAACUGAUACUUUCUAAUCAAACACUCGAGCGAUUGUCCUCCUACGCCAAUAAUGGAAAUAUGCUUCAAGCCAAACAUGCUACUAUGAUCCUUUGUAAUUCGAAUGAUACGUCCACCAUAUGUGCUGAGCUCGUCGAGGACUUGAUUAGCUACACUAGCUUGGAAAAUCCCAAUCUCGUUACCACAUUAACAAGUUUGUCAGUUUUUGCCUUAUACACUCCUUUACUGGUACAGCCACAUUUGGAUAUUUUAUUUGAUUUUAUUACGCAAAAGUGCUUGGCACAAACGCUAUUGGUUCAGAAUCCUGACAAUAAUUACGAAUGGGAAGAGUAUGAUGAUUUGAAGGAUAUCUCAAAACAAAAGUUAGCUGGUGUUCCUAUUCUAUCAAAUUACCUUAUUGGCAUGGGCAAUCUUAAGGAACAAGUGGACGAUGAUAUUGUGACAAAUCUAUUUACUAUACUAUGGAACUUUAUUGAAACAACUUGUGAUGUCGCUGUGACAAAUAGAACAAGUGCUGCAGAAUCUUCACAUCUUAGACUGUUGGCGGCAGAAACGAUCGUUCAAUUAGCGGAAUAUCCUCCUUAUCAACAAUUAGUUACUAUGACUCAUUUUGAACGACUUGCACUAUUAUUACAAGAUUCAUGCUUCUUUGUUCGAUCACAAUUUGGUGAAUCUUUGAUGCUCGGACUGAUCAAAUCUCAACUUCAUUCUCGGUAUUAUACAUUAUUGUUUUUAUGUGCACAUGAACCUGAAGAAUCUUUUCUGAAAAAGGUGGCACACUUUAUUCGUGGUAGAGCCUCUCGUGUGGAACCAAUGAAAUCAACCACAGAACUAACGAUUAUCCGGCUGAUCCAUUUACUGGCGCAUCAUCCUGACUUUGGCCAAUCGGAUGAAGAACUUUACACCUUUUCUCAAUACAUCGACUUUUAUAUCAGUUGCAUUGUUACUUCAGAAAACAUCUCUUAUCUAUAUAACUGUGUACAAAAAAUCAAGAUAUCCGUUGAUACUCUGGCAGAAGAUGAAGGCGAGAAUUCUAAUAUUCUUUGUGACUUGGCCUGUCGCUUGUUUGAACGAAAAUCAAAACGAUCUGGUUGGCAAAUAGGACCUGUCCAAAAAACUGCCCUACAAUCCAAGUUAUACCGAUUAUUACCACCUGGACCCAUUCAAAAAGCGGCGAUCGAACGCAAUUAUCUGUCUGACGCAUUGACAACUAGAAUCAACAAUGAACAACCACAAAAGGCAUUGGAGAAGCGAUCUCGACUAGAUAGCGCCAAACAAACUACAAGCAAACGACACAGAAUGAUAUGAUGAUCUGUAGACUCUGAAAUAGCGUUAUUAUUCUCAUUGUCAUAUAUACAUACAUUUUUUUCGUUAUUUAUCCUUUCUCCUUUGAAAUAAAAAAAAUACUGUCAUUUUCAAAUCUA